AAUAUAGCUGCACUCUCAUCCUUAAGAGAAGCUGAAAUGUCAUCCCUUAAAGAAACUAUGGUUGAAAUCUCAUCCGCAAGAGAUGCUGAAAUUUCUUCCUUGAAAGAAACUCUGAUGAAAUUGAUGGCCACUAUGAAUAAUGCAAACAAUAACCCACCCACAGUAUUCGGUGCUGUAGCUAGUUCUAGCAUGAACCAAUUGUCCUCAUCAUCAAGCCAUUGGGUGAACUCUCAGAAACACUCGACGAAUAAGGGGAAGACUACGAGUUGCACUAGCACUGGGGAUGUGACUAGAGUUCUUCUUACAAGUAUUGUCAAACCCGGGGUUACUAUUGCUAAAGGAAUUCUUUUGAGCAAGGAUCCGUGCACAAAAGUAGGGGGGCACGAACUUGGAAUUGGUUUUUGGGAAGUAUUAAUUCAUGUGGCAAUAGUACGGGAGGAGGUUUUGAUAAGACCCUAUGGACGAUAUAAAAUAAUUGGGGAUGCUAUUGGAACGAGUUUAAGGAGAGAUGGAUUGAGCUAA